UGUAAAAAACACAAAGUACUUACCAAAAUAUACGUUAUCUAACAUGGAAUCUAUUUCAACUGGGUAUUAUAGUAUGAAAUUAUCAAAACGCUAUUUUGUCAAUUCAAUCAACCAUAUGAAAAUUUAUGAACAUGAACGUGUUGAAAAUUGUAUUAAAAUAGUUGAUAUUGUUUCAAGAUUUGCUUCAGCUACAAAACAUUCUUCGAUAUUAAAAUUUUAUUCGCAGAAACCACAAGACACCAAAUUCUAUUGUUCUUGUAAAAGUGGUGCACGAACAACCAAUCCUUGUGGACAUGGAUUAUACAUCUUAAUGUUAAUUCAAUCAAUACAAAAUUAGUUACCUCGAUUAGUGCUAACAAAAAGCACCACGAAUUAUCAUAAUGCUAUAAAAAUUGAAGAAAUUUCAUCACAUUAUCAAACGGUAUAUGACAAUAUUAUGGAUUGUAAAAUUUACAAGGAAUGGACAGCAGUUAAUGAAACAUAUUGUGUUUGUAAUGAACCUUAUCAUGAAGUAGAAUGGACGGUCAAGUGUUCUAUUUGUAAUGAAUUAUACCAUCCCAGUUGUAUCGGUCAAAUUCAAGAAGAAAUUGAAGAUAAUAUAGAUGAAUGGAAAUGUCCUUAUUGUGAAGAAGAUGAUGUUGGAAUCGGUGAUAACUCAGACAAUAUUGAUAAAUAG